CCCGCUGUCCCCGCUGUCCCCGCUGUCCCCGCUGCCGCUGCCAUGAGCGCGCCGCAGCCGCGUAUUCUUGAAACCUAUAACAGUCUUACAGACAAACACCUAGUGGGAUAUUUCAGCAAUGCCAGGAUAAGACGACAUCUUCAGAAAUCAGGACUGAUCUCCAGGAGCGGCAGAAUCAUACCGGAGAAGGAAUACCGCCUCAAUGCCAUAAGGAGGGACCACCAGAGACACGUCCAGGGCUGCUUGGCUGAUGCCAUAUAUCACAAGGUCCUUGACAUUGAGCAUCAUCAUCAGCUGGGGAUUAACAGGAGACUUGAUUGUUCUGCCAGGAAAGAGACGAUGCAGUCAGCCAAGAUCGAGCGCUUGAUGGGACAAGUGUCCCCCCUGUACGCCCCCCACCCGCCCGUGGCCCCCAGGAACCACCACGCGCUCUGUCCCCUGGUGUCCGGAGAGCGCACCGGGCGCUCGCUGCGGAGGGGACCCAGACUUAGAUUUGAUUAUGGUGAUGGACGUUAUUAUUUCCGAGCCAAGGAGCCUCCCGUCUCUAAGGUGGAAAUAUACCCCCUUCUUGGUGGGGCUGCAGCAGGGUCUGUAUCAAAGGCUUCCAAACAGAAGUGCCAUGCACUGCAACAUUAUCAGCAAUUUGCCUGUGGGAGGCAGAGCAGCGAGCUCAAGUUCCGGAACCCCAUGGAUUACAUGUCGGGCGCGUCCCCGUACCGGCCCAGCAAGCGCCGCCGCCGCCGCGCGGCCCCGGUGCCGCCGCCGCGCCCGCACGUCGGGGACCGCUGCAUCCCCGGCAUCCGGCGCGGGCUGCCCGUCGAGAGAUGGUUCCACUCCACCACGGGCUUCAACGAGCAGUUCUUGAUCAACAAUACCAAUGGGUUCCCCAAGUCCCCAUUGUGCAGCAACGCCCUGGUCACCAUGAUCUACCUGGGAAAGAGUAAGCACGUGUCACUCCGUGAUCACAAGGAUGAAAUCAAAGUCUAUCAGCAAUACUGUGGAACAGAAAACAUUUGUGUCUAUAAAGGCGACCUGUUGGAAGGAGACACCUUCCAGUUCAUCUCUAAGAGGUACCUCGGUUACCCGUUCAGCCUCACCUUUUUCCUGAACGGGCUCCAAGUUGACAGGCUGAGCUCUUGCUGUGAGUACAGAGGCUUUCAGACCAAGAGGCCGUGCCGGCUGCAGCGCAGAAACACCUACUUCAGGGUGCUGCACGUGGCAGGAGCCCCUCCUUGCUACAGGUGCUUUCUCGCGAUGGGUCUGGACAAAAAGCUGUACCCUCCCAAGAAGAAGCUGAAGUUCUACUCGAGGCCGCACAUGUGCUCCUGCUCUCCUUACUGCGCGCACAGCGAGCCCUGUGACAGCAACAUGCCGCCCAAAUCCAUUGAGGACUCGGUGUCACUCACCAUAGCCAGCCAGGAGGACAGCGUGGACACUAUCGACGAAACAGUCGACUCUGAACAGGAGUGCUGCGAGGAAGAGGAAGAAGAAGAAGAAGAAGGAGAAGAAAUAGAAGCAGAAGAAGUAGAAGAAGAAGCACAAACAGAAGACCGAUCUUUUGUGGAGACUGAAGGCACCACUCAGGAAACCACCACUCAGGGAACCACCAGUGAAAGUGAAUAUGAUGAAGAUUUUGAAGAUGAAGAAGUUAAUGAAGAGGGACAGAUUGGUGAUCAAAUGAAUGGAAUGUCAAAGUCAUCCUCAAAUGAUAAAAACCAUAAUUUAGACUAUGGAAAGAAGACUGAAACCUCAUCUCAGAAGGCACUGCAGGCCUCUGACAGUGAGAAAGAUAGAAGUGGCAGAUAUUCUGAUGACAGGGACUCUGAAGAUGAUCUACCAGAGAGGAGGCCUGCAGACUCUCUCUCAUCCAUGAGCACUCAGUGCAGCGCUGAGACUGACUCACAAGCUGAAAUGAAGGCAGACCAUGAGAAUUGCAAAGAGGACUGCAAUAUCAAAAGUACAUCUGAUAGUGCAGCACAUGCACACUGUGGAAAUGAGAAUGGGGAGAAGAAACUGCUCAGAGUGGAGGAAAAUCAAGAGAAUUCUGCAUUGGAAAAGAAAGGAAUAGAUGAAGCAGACAAGACAAAACCAGAAGAUCUAACAGCAAGGGAAGAUACUAGAAUUUUUCAUGAAAACAUAAGGGCAAUGCAGCAUCAAAAUCCUGAGGUUAACGGGGAAUUCAAGCAGACUGGGUCAGGAGAAAGUGACAUGAAUGAGGAGGAGGAACGUCCUCCAGUGCCUUGGGACAGCAGGGUAUUGAGCAAGGAGGAUGGCAACGAAGAGCCUCCCUGGCGUGAGGAAGGAGGGGUUUUUGAAGACUGCAAACCAGUCCAGGAGGAAACAGCCAAAGCAACUGGAAAUGAUCAUCCUGUGAAUUCUGACCCCGAGCCUGGUGAUUUGUGUGCCAAUGAGGAAGAAAAGAAUGUAGCAAAUACAGAGCAUGGUGCCAGUGGAGCAGCAGAUGGAAGGCUCCUGGCAGGAGGGAGGAGAAGCCUGGAUGUGCAGGAGGCAGCGGCACGAGCAGGGGAGGCCACGGGGCCGGGACAAGCCCCGGAGCAGGACGGGGCUGCUGGGGGAGAUGCUGGCAGCGGAGAGGCCGCAGGAAAAGCUGCAGGGGCAGGGGAUGCACUGCCCCAGGCAGGCACGGGGGCUGCGCUGGGGGAAUCUGCGCCUGAGGAGGGCACCGAGGCACAGGAACGGCCCCGAGGAGAGGGAACAGGGCCGGCAGUGGAGCUGGGCACAGAGGGGCCAGCUGGGGAGCAGCGGGUGCUGGAGGAGGGCACGGACAGAGAGGUGGCACUGGGCAAGGCAGCAGCUGGCACAGAGGGGCCAGCUGGGGCACUGCCAGGCGGGGAGGCACACAGAGCCGUGCCCCAGGGGCAGGACGGGGCUGGGGGCACCGCUGAGGUGGAGGCUGCAGAUGAAGGCCUCAAAGGAGCAGAGGAGGAGGUGGGCGAGCCAGUGUCCGAGGCAGGGGAGUCCCUGGGGCAGGGAGGGUCUGCAGGGAAGGACACGACGGUGGCGGCUGUGUCAGAGGGAGAGGACGCUGGGGAGGAUGCUGGUGUGGCAGCUACAGAUGGGAAUGCCAGAGCUGUGGGCCCUGAAGGAGUAAAGGCUGUUGAUGAAGACUUUUCUGAAGGGGAGGAGGCUUUGGGGAAGCCUGGGGCUCUCUGGGAAGCACUAGGGGAUAUGGAAACAGGAGAAGUAAUGUCUGGAGGGAAAGGGUUUGUUAAGCCAAGUCAGUUUUCCCAGCUGAAAGGGUCAGAGAAAGAGUGGCUGGAGAUGGGGAAAGCUGUCCCAGGAGCUGCAGCAGCACUUGAGAGUGCUCAGGCUCUCCAGAGAGUGGAGGACGCGAGAGCAGAGUCUGUGGAGGCUGACAAGGGUCCUGCACUGGAAGUGGCACCUGGGUUAGGGGCACUGGGGGCUGCUCGGGGGGAUCCUGUCACUGAAGGGUCUUCACAGGUGGAGGAGACACGGGCAGUGCAGGAGGAGGGCGCAGCAGAAGCACUUUGGAGUGGAAACCCAUCUGAGGGCAGCGAAGCAGAGACAGAGAGAGCAGUGGGAGGAAAACCCGAGGGAGAGGCGGCGGGAGGGUCUGCAGGGGCGGCCGGAGCGGGCUCGGGGCAUGAAGAGGAGGCCACAGAUGGAGCAGCAGGUUCAGAGGAGCCGGCAGCGGGGGCAGAGGGGUGGCUGAGGUGUGGGCAGGUGGGAGGGCAGGGGAGGUGUCCCGGGGAGGGGGAGCCGGGGCUGGUGGCCAUCGCAGUGCUGGGCGGGCAGGCCGGGCCCGGAGCGCUGCCCGGGGCGCCGGCAGGGCCCGGGGAGCCGGCAAUGCCCGCCGGGCCCGCAGUGCCCGGGGCUGGCGGGCUGGGCACUGGGGCCAUGGCACAGGCCGGGGUGGCGGCAGCGGCGCCGGGGGCACAGGGCGGGGCAGGGGCACAGCCGGUGUCGGCGGCGGGCCGGGAGCCGGGAGGGGCCGGGGAAGGGCCGGCCGGGGCACCCGCGGCUGCUGGGCCUGAGGGGCAGCGGGAGGCGGCGGCGGGGGGCGAGGCGCGGGCCGCGGGGCCCGCCGGAGCGCGGCAGCCGGAGCCGGGCACGGAGCCGCUCGGGCACCCAGCGGGGCUCGGAGCGGGGGCGCUGGGGGAGCAGGCCGCUGCACAGACCCCCCCGAGCGGCCCCGGGCACGGGGGAGUGGCGGCGAGGGCGAGAGGAGCGGGAGGCGAGGGGCUGUGCCCGGGCACCCCGCCACAGCCGGCAGCGACAGGGACAGCGCGGGGCGGGCACGGGCGGCAGGAGCCGGGCAUGGAGCGGGAUGCAGGGCAAGCCGGGGACGAGCAGCCGAGUGCCCCUGAGAACAGCAGAGAGGGCGAGGUGGCCGCUGUCUCGGCCAGCGCCGGGCCUGCUGCCGCAGCCGCGGAGCCAAGGAAGGACGGUCCCGUCGGAGGGAGCCCGGCAGCCGCUGACGGGGGCGACAGGAGCCGCAGUUCCCGUCAGGAUAGUGCAAACCCAGACCCACUCAUCAUGUCCUCAGAAGAGGAUGGGGAAGAAACCCUGCUCUGAGCUUUUCCUGCAGCCCCUCGGUGUUGUGUCCUGCCACAUGCUCUCAGCGCACCGCGGGUUUGUGCCGGCUGGGAUGUCGCUCCUCUCUCUCUUCACUCUGUGAAUAGCGCAGCCGCCUGUCACGUUUCACUGGAGCAGCUCCUCAGCGUGCAGCAGACAACUGGAACAAGCUUGUGUCUGCCAGCCCGGGAAAGCAGCACUCCUUUGGAAGGACGAGGACAGUAAUCACAAGGAUUGUUCCACAGCUGUCUGCCUUGUUUUUCUUGAAAACCAGAGAAGUACUGGGCUGACUGAACUUCCCCUCCUCCCCUAGGCACCGCUUGUUCCUGCAGGCAGGCAGGGCUGUUAUCCUGGCAUCUUCCCCACCCAUGCCAGGGCAGGGGAGCCCUCCUGCUUGCACAGUGCCCCCGUGCCAGGAGCGUGUGGGGGGCUUCCCUCCCCUUGGGCAUCCAGGCUUGCUGCUGGCCACACUCCAGGGCAUUCUCAGCACGUGGAAACGUUGAAAUUUGUUAAAUCAGAACAAUUGCAACAGGUAUUUGUAAAUGCAUAAAGCUUGGCCUUCUGCUUUUGCUGGAGUCACUCAGGAGGAGCCAGUGGAGCCUCAGCUGAGGCUGCCAGGAGGGUGGUGAGUUUAGAGCUGUCUCAGCCUGGCUGCCCUUCCCUGCUGCCCAAGGCUCUUCUCAGCUCUGCUGCGCCUCUGGCAGCGCUGAGGCCCCAGGACCCUUUUGGGCCAGGCAAAAUCCCUUCGGGGCUGGGUGUGCAGCAGCCCGUAGGCACUCCGAGCUUGGUGGGUGCAGCAGACUCAGCCCCGCAGGGUGGGGACUGUAACUGCCUUUUCAAGGAGGGAAAAGACACUGAAAUGAGCAGGAUUUUGAGUGGAUUGGUGCUGUGAGUCACUUCAGAUCAAUAGACACGGAACUGGAAACUCAAACGUGAUCAAGUGGUUGCUGUGUGUUUGCUCCUAGAGACAUUCCUGUACUAGAGCUGCUUGCAUGUGUGUGUUUAGUCUGCACAUGUCUCAGAGGGUUGUGCUUUCUCUGUCCAUACCCAUGCCUACGUGUUCACUCAGGCCUAUUAAAUACCUGUACCAGUCUGUGCAGCUCCUUCAGUUUGUGCCAGGGGUUUAACUGUAGGAAUAAGCCCUGCCAGUGCAGCAGGGCCUGAGCUCCAGUGUCCACCUCUGGUUGCCAAUGGGCUGACUGAUGCUGGGGUGAGUGUUUGUGCCACUAAAGCUGCCUUGUGCAGGUACCCUCUAAAGCUCACGCCCAGGGCUGCAGGUGUGGCCACACCUGGGUGUUCGGACACGGGACUGGCAAUUCCCGGGGACAGGUGAGCAGAGACACAGAGGGAUGCAGGGAUUUGCCUUGGCAGAGAUUCCCUGGGAGCCCCUCUGGGGCUGCAGGAGAACCAGGGCAUCAGAGAAGGCCUUGGUGAGCAGAGCAGUGUGACUGUAAGGAACUGGAAUGCUGACAGAUCAUCAUUUAACAGUCUUGAAAUAUUUAUAAGUGACACUUAUGUGUAUGGUUGUAACAGUUGGGGGAAAGAAUCCUGUGGUUAGGAACAUAUAUGUGGACUUCCAAAAUGUUAGUGUCCCUGUCACUUGAGCAGGCAGAAGUUUGGUAAUAAGCAAACCCAUGGAAAUGGAUAAUUGUAUAGGUUUGGAAAAGCUUCCCAUAGUCCUUUCUGCUUUCCUAUAUUGUACUAAUUAGUAAUUAACUUCAAAAUGAAAAGUAGGUUGCACUUAGGGAAAAACAAGAUGUGCAGCAAAAAGAAAAAAAGACUAAUUAUUAAAGUGAGCAUAUGUGAGCAAAGCAAACUAUCCAACAGUGUUGCCACUGGCAAAACUCAUUCUUGGCUCAUCAGGAAGGCUUUUUUAACUCCCUGAAGUGUCAGGUAUUUUCAGUUGCCUGUCAUUGGCUUCUGAUGGUUGUGCCUCAGAUGUGCCUCAAACAGCUGGAACCUGGUGACAUUCCACAGCUGAAGAGAUGCAUUGAAUCAGUUCAAAACCAUGCCAGCUGUGCACCGUGGACACAGGAUGGGAAAAGUCUAAAGUCUAGCUCCUGGAAUGGGCACCAAGCCCUGGCAUUGCUGGCAGAUACGUGGAACAGUGACUCACAGACACCACCAAGGAUGCUGGGGGUGCACAGCAUGGGCAGCUCAUCCAUCUGUCUGAAACGAGGGCUGCAGGGUGGGUUUCCUGCCUGGGAAUUGCUGCGUGGCUUUGGGGCUCAGCUGUACAAACCAGACAGGACCAACUCCUCUGCCUGCCCAUUGGGGCUGAGCCUCUGAGGCAGCCCCUCUGUGCUGUGCCAGCCAUGCAGUCCUGGCUGGGCUGUGCUAUCCUGGC